UAAAAUUUAAAACGCGUCCAGUUUCCUUAAAACAAAAAAAUAAUAUAUAAUAAAACCGCUUUUAAUACUUAAAAAAAGAAAACAAAAAGUUUUUUUAACAAGAAAAACUCUUAAACACAAAUAACAAAUUGUUCAGUCGUUCCGCUGUAUUUAUUCACUACUUAUAUCCUGUAAAUCUAUAUAUUCAUUCCUAUUUAGUCCUGUUUCUAUUUACGUCACACAUACACACAAACAGGAUUGUGUUUGUGAGUGAAACAAAGUGCGUGAGUGUGCUACACAACGUCGCCGUCUGAGGCCAUCGAAAUUGUUUAAACAAAUAUCAACAACAAGAAAAAUACAAAUAGCAACAACUAUAAUAACGAAAAAAUAACAACAAAUAAUAAUAAUAAUAAUAAACACAACCAAAAAAAUCUAUAUAAAAAUAAAUAUUAAAUAAAUUAAUAGUUUGACAUCGUUGAUUACAUGCCAUGUGUAUGACGUGUCAAUCUACACAAAUGUGUGUUGCCGUACAUCUGGUGUAACACAAUUAUGGCCGAGCGGUCGUCCUAUAAUUAUCAGAAAUUGGAUAUAUUGACGGUUGGCAGCGGCUCAGGAAGCGGCGCUAGCAGGGCAUCAACAGGGCUCCACAAGCGGGGGGCACUCGGGUCGAAGGGGAGCCCAUCGCUUAGCUGAUAGAAUGGGUGGCCCAAAGAAAGAGGAAACACCACCUGGUGGUGGUCCCACAUCAUUAUUUAUCCUCACCGAGGAUAAUCCAAUUAGAAAAUACACACGUUUCAUAAUAGAAUGGCCGCCCUUCGAGUACACUGUGUUAUUGACAAUCAUUGCCAACUGUGUUGUGUUGGCAUUAGAAGAACAUUUGCCUGAGUGUGAUAAAACGGUAUUGGCCCAAAAGCUGGAAAAAACGGAGACCUAUUUUUUAUGCAUUUUCUGUGUAGAAGCAUCGCUCAAGAUCCUUGCCUUAGGUCUAGUUUUGCAUAAACACUCCUACCUCAGGAAUAUUUGGAACAUCAUGGAUUUCUUCGUAGUAGUAACGGGAUUCAUGACACAAUUCCCACAAUUAGGGCCCGAAGUAGAUCUAAGAACUCUUAGGGCCAUACGUGUGCUAAGGCCCUUAAAAUUAGUCUCUGGAAUUCCUAGUUUACAAGUAGUUUUAAAGUCCAUUAUAAAAGCAAUGGCACCGUUACUACAAAUUGGUCUCUUGGUGUUGUUUGCGAUCGUUAUAUUUGCCAUCAUUGGACUCGAGUUCUAUUCGGGUGCUUUACAUAAGACUUGUUAUAGUUUAGAAGAUCCAAAUAAACCUGUGAAAGAAGGUGAAUCAGAAACACCGUGUAAUACGGAUACUCUAACAGAUAAAGGCGGUGGUGCAUAUAUGUGUAAUUAUACGACGAGUAUGUGUUUGGAAAAAUGGGAUGGACCAAAUUCUGGCAUAACUAGUUUUGACAAUAUCGGUUUUGCCAUGUUGACUGUAUUCCAAUGUAUCACUAUGGAAGGCUGGACAGCAAUACUGUAUUGGACCAACGACGCUUUAGGUUCACAAUUUAAUUGGAUAUAUUUUGUGCCUCUUAUAGUUAUAGGCUCAUUUUUUAUGCUCAACUUAGUUCUUGGUGUUCUUAGCGGUGAAUUUUCCAAUGAACGUAAUCGCGUUGAACGUCGUAUGGAAUUUCAAAAAUGUCGUUUUCGUGCAAUGUUUCAAACGGCCAUGGUAUCAUAUCUUGAUUGGAUAACACAAGCAGAGGAAGUGAUAUUAGCCGAAGAGCGUACAACCGAAGAGGAAAGAAUGCACAUUAUGGAGGCACGACGUCGUAAUGCUGCCAAAAGAAAAAAACUGAAAAGUCUGGGUAAAUCCAAGUCCACAGAUACCGAAGAAGAGGAGGGUGAAGAGGACUAUGGUGAUGAUGGUUAUUUGAAAACUCGUUCAAAACCUCAAGGAAGUUGUACGGGUUUUUGGCGUAAAGAGAAAAGUUUUCGCUAUUGGAUCCGUAAGACCGUGAAGAAACAAUGGUUCUAUUGGUUUGUCAUUGUGCUGGUGUUUCUGAAUACCGUAUGUGUGGCGGUGGAACAUUAUGGUCAACCCAAAUAUCUGUCAGAUUUUUUAUACUAUGCUGAAUAUGUAUUUUUGGGUCUUUUCAUGUCUGAAAUGUUCAUAAAAAUGUAUGCGAUGAGUCCAAGGAUUUAUUUCGAAUCAUCGUUUAAUCGUUUCGAUUGUGUCGUCAUUAGUGGUUCGAUAUUCGAAGUUAUAUGGUCUGAAGUUAAGGGUGGCUCAUUCGGUUUAUCCGUUUUGAGAGCUUUACGUUUGCUGCGUAUAUUUAAAGUGACCAAAUAUUGGUCAUCGUUGCGAAAUCUUGUGAUUUCGUUAUUGAACUCGAUGAGAUCCAUCAUUUCAUUGUUGUUCCUGCUCUUCUUGUUCAUACUGAUAUUUGCCCUACUUGGCAUGCAAUUAUUUGGUGGGCAAUUUAAUUUUAGUAGCGGUACCCCCGAAACAAAUUUCAACACAUUCCCUAUAGCCUUAUUGACUGUCUUUCAAAUUCUAACCGGUGAAGAUUGGAAUGAAGUUAUGUAUCAGGGUAUUAUAUCACAAGGUGGCGCUAAAAGAGGAAUGAUUUACUCUGUUUACUUUAUCGUUUUGGUACUCUUCGGUAAUUAUACAUUGCUAAACGUGUUCUUGGCUAUCGCCGUCGAUAAUUUGGCAAAUGCUCAAGAAUUAACUGCUGCCGAAGAGGAACAAGUCGAAGAAGAUAAAGAGAAACAAUUACAAGAAUUAGAAAAAGAAAUGGAAGCGCUACAAGGUGAUGGUAGUCAUGUGGAGAAUGGCGGUGAUGGUUCCACGGCGGCCGUUAAGAAAAGCAAAAAGAAAGAGGAGGAAAAGAAAGAAGAGGAAGAAGUUACGGAGGGUCCAAAACCAAUGUUGCCAUACUCAUCAAUGUUUAUAUUAUCACCAACAAAUCCCAUACGACGUGGCGCCCAUUGGGUUGUUAAUUUACGUUACUUUGAUUUUUUCAUUAUGGUCGUCAUCUCAUUGUCAUCGAUAGCGUUAGCGGCCGAAGAUCCCGUUCGUGAGAAUUCACCACGAAAUAAAAUUUUAAAUUAUUUCGAUUAUGCAUUUACCGGCGUAUUCACAAUAGAAAUGUUACUGAAAAUUGUAGAUUUAGGUGUUAUAUUACAUCCUGGCAGCUAUUUAAGAGAAUUCUGGAAUAUUAUGGAUGCUGUGGUCGUUAUAUGCGCUGCUGUUAGUUUUGGUUUCGAUAUGAGCGGUAGCAGUGCUGGACAAAAUUUAUCAACAAUCAAAUCGUUGCGUGUCCUACGUGUCCUGCGACCAUUAAAAACAAUCAAACGUGUACCCAAAUUGAAAGCCGUCUUCGAUUGUGUAGUAAAUUCAUUGAAAAAUGUUGUUAACAUUCUAAUCGUGUACAUAUUAUUUCAAUUUAUAUUUUCUGUCAUUGGUGUACAAUUAUUCAAUGGGAAAUUUUUUUAUUGUACGGACGAAAGUAAACAUACUGCCGAAGAGUGCCAGGGUUCAUAUUUUAAAUAUGAAGAAGGUGAACUGCUGCCCAGACCAGAGUUACGCAUUUGGAAACCACGUAGCUUUCACUACGACAAUGUGGCAGCAGCGAUGUUAACACUAUUUGCAGUACAAACGGGCGAAGGAUGGCCACAAGUACUGCAACACUCCAUGGCUGCCACUUAUGAAGAUAGGGGUCCAAUACAAAAUUUCCGGAUCGAAAUGUCCAUAUUUUAUAUCGUAUAUUUUAUUGUAUUUCCAUUCUUCUUUGUAAACAUAUUCGUGGCCUUGAUUAUCAUUACAUUCCAAGAACAAGGCGAAGCUGAAUUACAAGACGGUGAAAUUGAUAAAAAUCAGAAAUCAUGUAUAGACUUUACAAUAGGAGCACGACCAUUAGAACGUUACAUGCCCAAAAAUCGUAAUACAUUUAAAUAUAAAGUAUGGCGUAUUGUCGUAUCGACACCCUUCGAAUAUUUUAUAAUGAUGCUAAUUGUGUUCAAUACCUUAUUAUUAAUGAUGAAGUACCAUAAUCAAGGUGAAAUGUAUGAGAAAUCGCUGAAGUAUAUCAACAUGGGAUUCACAGGAAUGUUCAGUGUUGAAACUGUACUGAAAAUUAUUGGAUUUGGUGUAAAGAAUUUCUUUAAAGAUCCCUGGAAUAUCUUUGAUUUAAUCACAGUCUUGGGCAGUAUUGUGGAUGCCUUAUGGAUGGAAUUUGGGCACGAUUCGAACUCAAUCAACGUUGGCUUCCUGCGUUUAUUUCGUGCGGCGCGUUUAAUUAAAUUACUGCGUCAAGGAUACACGAUACGUAUUCUGCUGUGGACAUUUGUACAAUCAUUUAAAGCACUUCCAUAUGUCUGUCUACUGAUAGCAAUGCUAUUUUUUAUCUAUGCCAUUAUUGGCAUGCAGGUGAGUCAAAAAAUACGUUCCAAAUUAGCAAACAUAUUUUAUAUUUGUGAUAUAAAACAAAGAUGUGCAACGGGCGAGGCGUGGCCGAACAUUAUGCUGGCGUGCCUUAAGGGGAGGCCAUGCGAUGACGAAGCCGAAAAGGGCGAUGAGACUUGUGGCUCGACAUUGGCCUAUGCCUAUUUUGUAUCAUUUAUAUUCUUUUGUUCAUUUCUAAUGUUGAAUUUAUUCGUGGCUGUUAUUAUGGAUAAUUUUGAUUAUUUAACAAGAGAUUCCAGUAUAUUGGGGGCACAUCAUUUAGAUGAAUUUGUACGGAUAUGGGCUGAAUAUGAUCCAAAUGCGACUGGCCGAAUCCAUUAUACGGAAAUGUAUGAUAUGUUAAAAAAUAUGGAUCCUCCGUUGGGGUUCGGUAACAAAUGUCCCAAUCGCCUCGCCUUUAAGAAACUGAUACGUAUGAAUAUGCCCCUGGACGAUGAGAUGAGAGUACAAUUUACCACCACACUAUUUGCAUUGAUACGUGAAAAUCUUAGUAUUAAAAUGAGAGCGGCGGAAGAAAUGGACCAAGCCGAUUCCGAACUUAGGGAUACUAUUACAAAUAUAUGGCCAUUGCAGGCCAAGAAAAUGCUGAAUCUACUGGUGCCACCCAAUGAUCAAUUGAAUAAGGGCAAAUUGACAGUGGGUAAAGUCUAUGCGGGACUGUUAAUAUAUGAAGCAUAUCGCAUUAGACGUGAAGGAGGACAGCCACAGGGAGGCAUGGGGCAAUCAUUCUUUGAUUGUUUGCUCGAUAUGGCUGCCCUCGAUAAAGGUGGAUCGCGUCAGGGUUCCAUCAGUUAUGAGCCAAAUGGUACUGAUGCUGCCAAUUCACAAACGCAUUUAUUAGCAAAUAAUGGUCAUGCAAAUGGUGAUGCUGAACAUGGUAGUUUGGCAACACUGGCACGUCGGAGUACCAUGAGAAAACGUUCUGUUAGAAACAAAAAGAUGUUGGAACUGCGGGAUGCGCCCAGACAUCCAUCUCAGGAAUCAUUAACCGGUGCCGAUGCUGGUCAUUUACAUCCUGGACACGCUUAUCAAAAUGGUCAUAGAAGAUCACCUAGUUUAAGAUCACCUAGUCCAAGUAGACGGCGUGGCCAUCCAUAUCAACAUCAUGAUAUUGGGUUUUCGGAUACUGUAUCUAAUGUUGUAGAGAUGGUCAAGGAGACCCGUCAUCCUCGUGGUUACGGUCAUCAUACGCGUUAUCCAAGAGGUUCAUGGUCAGCAUCGACAAGUCCGGCCCGCUCGCCUUCACCUUCACGUUAUGGUGGCCAUUUACCGCGCACCAGACGCCCUGAACUGCCUUAUCCCACAUAUGGGACAACAAGUCUAUGUCAAAGAUCACGAUCACCAAGUCCUGCUAGACUACAGGAGAUGCGUGAAAGAGAUAGACUUGGCUAUGGGAUUGAUAUGGGUGGACCCCAUGGCCAACAUAGUUACCCAAAUUUAAACCAUCGUCGUGGUGGAGGCCGACGUCUACCACCGACACCAAGUAAACCAUCGACACUGCAGCUAAAGCCAACAAAUAUUAAUUUUCCAAAAUUAAAUGCAAGUCCAACACAUACACAUCAUUCAACACCUCAUAGUGUUCACUCGUUGCCACACCACCGCGAUCUGUUGCGGGACCCUAGAGAUCUGUAUUAUAGUAGUAGAGAACGUGAGCGUGAUCGCGCUCGUUAUAGGGACCGCUUAUGCAUCGAUCCACGAUAUGAAUAUCGGGAUCGAGAGCGUGAGUUAUAUGAACGAGAACGAGAUCGUGAGUUGGAGUAUGAAAGAGAAAGACUGGAAUACGUAGCACCCUUGUCCUUUGAGCAGGCGGUAGCUAUGGGCAGAACGGGGAGAGUUUUACCCUCACCCGUUAUGAAUGGCUAUAAGCCAAAGGGUGGCCUUCAUGCACGCCACUCCGAUUCAGAUGAAGAGGAUUGGUGCUAG